UAGGGUUAACGCCAAAUGGCCUUCUCAACGCCAUCCCUCUUAUCUUCCUGCUCUACUUAUAGACUUAAUCCUCUUCUCUUCUCUCAUCGCCGUCUCAGAAUUAGGCUUUCUCAUUCUCACUUGAAACCUAGAUUUUUUGCUGUUGCUGCAAGAGAGAAUGACGUCUUUACUUCACCAGAGACAGCAAAGUCCUUUGAUUUUACUUCAGAAGAAAGGAUAUAUAAUUGGUGGGACUCUCAAGGAUAUUUUAAGCCAAAUUUGGACCGGGGAAGUGAUCCUUUUGUUAUUUCGAUGCCUCCUCCUAAUGUUACUGGUUCACUGCACAUGGGGCAUGCGAUGUUUGUGACUCUUGAGGAUAUCAUGGUUAGAUACCAUCGGAUGAAGGGAAGACCUACACUCUGGAUUCCCGGGACUGAUCAUGCUGGUAUUGCGACUCAGUUGGUUGUGGAAAGAAUGCUUGCAUCUGAAGGAAUAAAAAGGGCUGAAUUGAGUAGAGAUGAGUUCACAAAGCGAGUUUGGGAGUGGAAAGAGAAGUACGGUGGAACCAUUACAAAUCAGAUUAAGAGACUCGGGGCUUCCUGUGAUUGGACAAGGGAACACUUUACCCUUGAUGAGCAGCUAAGUCGGGCUGUAAUUGAGGCCUUUGUUAGGCUUCAUGAAAGAGGCUUAAUUUAUCAAGGGUCUUACAUGGUCAACUGGUCUCCUAACCUACAGACUGCAGUUUCAGAUUUGGAAGUUGAAUAUUCUGAAGAACCUGGUACUCUCUAUUAUAUUAAGUAUCGCGUUGCUGGAGGUUCAAAGAGUGACUAUUUGACAAUAGCUACAACACGCCCGGAGACUUUAUUUGGAGAUACCGCCAUUGCAGUACAUCCUCAGGAUGAUCGCUAUUCUAGGUAUAUUGGUAGGAUGGCAAUUGUGCCAAUGACAUUUGGCCGUCAUGUUCCUAUUAUUUCUGACAGGUAUGUUGAUAAAGACUUUGGAACUGGUGUGCUGAAGAUAAGCCCUGGUCAUGAUCAUAACGACUACCUUCUUGCUAGAAAACUUGGUCUCCCAAUCCUUAAUGUAAUGAAUAAGGAUGGGACACUUAAUGAGGUUGCUGGACUGUACUGUGGCCUUGAUCGGUUUGAGGCACGGAAGAAACUGUGGUUAGAUCUUGAGGAGACAGGUUUGGCUGUUAAAAAGGAGCCUCACACAUUACGAGUUCCCAGAUCCCAGCGUGGUGGAGAAGUAAUAGAGCCUCUAGUGAGUAAGCAGUGGUUUGUAACUAUGGAGCCAUUAGCUGAGAAGGCUCUUCAAGCAGUUGAAAGAGGAGAAUUAACCAUUAUGCCUGAAAGAUUUGAGAAGAUUUAUAAUCACUGGCUAUCAAAUAUUAAGGAUUGGUGUAUAAGCAGACAACUAUGGUGGGGACAUCGCAUACCAGUUUGGUAUAUUGUUGGAAAAGACUGUGAAGAAGAAUAUAUAGUUGCUAGGAAUGCCAACGAAGCUCUUGAGAAGGCUCAAGAGAAGUAUGGAAAAGAUGUGGAAAUUUAUCAGGAACCAGAUGUUCUUGAUACUUGGUUUUCAAGUGCAUUGUGGCCUUUCAGUACUCUUGGAUGGCCAGAUGUGUCUACACAGGAUUUUAAGAAGUUUUAUCCGACUACAGUGCUUGAAACUGGGCAUGAUAUAUUGUUCUUUUGGGUGGCAAGGAUGGUCAUGAUGGGAAUUGAGUUCACAGGGGCUGUUCCUUUUUCUUAUGUUUAUCUACAUGGACUUAUCCGGGACUCACAGGGAAGAAAAAUGUCUAAGACAUUAGGAAACGUAAUAGAUCCAAUUGAUACAAUCAAGGAGUUCGGCACUGAUGCUUUACGAUUUACGCUUGCUUUAGGAACUGCUGGUCAGGACCUUAAUCUAUCCACUGAGAGAUUGACCUCUAACAAGGCCUUCACUAACAAACUAUGGAAUGCUGGGAAGUUUGUGUUGCAAAAUUUGCCUAGUCAAAGUGAUAUCUCUGCUUGGGAAACUAUACUGGCUUGUAAGUUUGAUAAAGAGGAGGCCCUACUCAGGUUACCUUUACCAGAAUGUUGGGUGGUCUCGAAACUUCAUUGUCUCAUUGACAUGGUCACCACUAGCUAUGACAAAUAUUUCUUUGGAGAUGUAGGAAGAGAAACAUAUGAUUUCUUUUGGGGUGAUUUUGCUGAUUGGUAUAUUGAAGCCAGUAAAGCUCGCCUUUAUCACUCUGGAGGUCAUUCAGUUGCUCAGGCAGUUCUUUUAUAUGUUUUUGAAAAUAUACUUAAAAUGCUACAUCCAUUCAUGCCGUUUGUAACCGAGGCAUUAUGGCAGGCACUUCCCAAUCGAAAAGAAGCUCUUAUGAAUUCUUCUUGGCCUCAGACUUCAUUGCCAAUGCAUGCAAGCUCAAUAAAAAAGUUUGAAAAUUUACAAUCUUUGACUAGAGCAAUCCGAAAUGCUCGAGCAGAAUACUCUGUUGAACCAGCAAAGCGAAUAUCUGCAUCUAUAGUUGCAGGCAAUGAAGUCAUCCAGUAUAUUUCUAAAGAGAAGGAAGUUUUAGCUCUUCUCUCCAGGCUAGAUUUGCAAAACGUCCAUUUUACUGAUUCUCCUCCAGGAGAUGCAAAUCAAUCGGUCCACCUUGUUGCUGAUGAAGGUCUAGAGGCAUAUCUCCCUCUCUCUGAUAUGAUAGAUGUUUCUGCUGAAGUUGAGCGACUUUCCAAGCGCCUUUCAAAGAUGCAAGAAGAGUUUGACAGGCUUGCAGCUCGCCUUAGCUCUCCUAAAUUUGUAGAGAAAGCUCCUGAAGAAAUUGUUAGUGGGGUUCGAGAAAAGGCAGCAGAAGCUGAAGAGAAGAUAACUCUCACCAAAAACCGUCUAGCUUUCCUCCAAUCAACAGCUGUGGUCUCAAAAUAGUUAACCAAAUGGCUCUCCAUCAUGUUUUCCUUGAAAUCCCAAAGUUUAUUUUAUUUUUGUUCCCAUUCCUUUGGAUUUGUCUCGACUGCCAGAUCAAUGCACCAUUCUUGGUACUCGCCCAUGGUUUAAUAAUGCAAAUUUUGGAUCUUGUGCAUUGUAACCAUGGGCUAUGAACCAGUAUGCUGAGAGGGCGGAUAGUGCAAUAAGAUGAGGCCAAUAAAUAUAUCAUGAAAUCUGCAUCAAAUCGCUGCUGGCUUGUAGUUGUUGCUUCAGUGGACCCCAAGUAGUAAUUAAUCGUAUACAGAGGUUGGCUUCUCUUGUAGCCCAAAGCUGCCAACAGAAGGUGUGGGAAUGUUGAUGUACAAUUUACUUAUAUAUAACUCAGCAGCAUUUCGUGUAUGAACUUUGAUCUGCCUCCGCCCACAAUUGAUUUUUUAUACAUGACCUUAUUCUCCUGUAAAA